CAUUCUUCUACUUCCACACAUGAAGAUGCACGCUUCUUGACAAAUAACUUCAAAUCUGCUUCUUUUACCCGCCUUCAUGAUGCCAUUGCUUCCUUUAAUCAUGUAAUUCAUAUGAAUCCUCUGCCUUCUAGGGUUCAUUUUAAUAGAUUCUUAUCUGCCCUUGUGAAAAUGAAACAAUAUCACACUGUCCUUUCCAUGUCCAAAACAAUUGAAUUGCUAGGAAUGUCACACAAUCUUUAUUCUCUUAGCAUCUUAAUUAAUUGCUUCUGCCAUUUACACCUUGUGGAUUUUGGCUUCUCUGUUUUUGGUAAGAUGCUCAAACUGGGAUUGGAGCCUGACGUUGUGACAUUUACUACCUUAAUUAAUGGGCUUUGUAUAGAGAGUAAAAUCGAAAAAGCAGUGGAAUUUUUCGAUGAUAUGGUUGCACGUGGUUAUCAACCUGAUGUUUAUACUUACAAUACGAUAAUAAACGGAAACUGUAAAUUUGGGAAAACAAACGUAGCUAUUGGGCUGCUAAAGGGAAUGGCUGAUAGAGGUUGUGACCCAGAUGUUGUGACAUACGGAGCAAUCAUUGACGCCCUUUGCAAGGAUGAGCUAGUUGGUGAGGCUUUAGAGCUCUUCUCUCAAAUGAGGAAUAAGGGCAUUUCACCUAAUGUCAUCACUUACACUAGUUUAAUUCAUGGUGUUUGCAAAUUAGGCCAAAAGAACCAAGCUUUGGCCUUGAUGAAUGAAAUGGUGGAGCAGAACAUAUUACCAAAUGUUUAUACCUUCAAUGUAUUGAUUGAUGCUCUUUGUAAGGAUGGAAUGGUUUCAGAGGCUCAAAAUACAUUCAAUGUAAUGAUUCAAAGAGGUGUAGAGCCUGAUGUGAUCACAUACACAUCCUUAAUUGAUGGUCUUUGCAUUUCAGACCAAUUGAAGGAAGCUUUGGCCUUGUUGAAAGAAAUGGUGGGGAGGAACAUAUCCCCUGAUGUUUUUACCUUCAAUAUAUUGAUCGACACUCUUUGUAAGAAAGGACUGGUUUCAAAUGCACAAAAUAUAAUCAAAAUAAUGAUUCAAAGAUGUGUGGAACCUAAUGUUGUCACUUAUAAUUCAUUGAUGGAUGGAUAUUGUCUGUGCAAGCAAAUUGAUAAGGCUAGAAAGGUAUUUGAUCUGAUGGUGAUCAAUGAAAUAGCUGACAUUUUUAGCUACAACAUUUUGAUAAAUGGAUAUUGUAAGUGCAAAAUGAUAGAUGAUGCAAAGGAAAUUUUUGAUGAAAUGUCUCAUAAAGGUUUAGUUCCCGAUGCUGUUACUUAUCAUACUCUUAUAAAGGGUAUGUUUCAAGCAGGGAGGCCCCAAAAUGCAAAAGAGCUCUUUAAGGAUAUGUGCUCUCAUGGUCAACAACCAAAUAUAGUAACCUUCUCAAUUAUGAUUGAUGGCUUGUGUAGACAGGGGAAUCUCGAUGAGGCACUCACACUAUUGAAAGAAAUGGAGAAAAGUCAGUUGAAGCCUAAUUUUGUGAUCUAUAGCAGUCUGAUCAAUGGUAUGUGCAAAGUUGGGAAGAUUAAUGAUGCCAAGGAACUGUUUUCUAGUCUUUUUGAAAUUGGUUUACAGCCUGAUGUUUGUGUAUAUAAUGCAAUUAUGAAAGGACUCUGCCAACAAGGAUUAAUGGAUGAAGCGUAUAAGUUAUUUAAAGACAUGGAAAAGGUAGGAUGUUUACCAAAUAAUUGUUGUUAUAAUAUCAUCAUUCAAGGGUUUCUCAAGCAUGAGGAUUUACCAAAAGCAUCAGAACUAAUCAACGAAAUGGUUGAUAAGGGGUUCUCUGGUGAUGAUGCUACCACAGAAUUGGUAGUACAUUUAUCGCAGAAUAAUAAUCUCAUUCUGAGGCUUUUAAAGGUGCGCAAUGAGAGAUCAGCAAACUAAAGUUGUUAUAUCUUGACCAUUCAAGUGUAUCUUGGACUGCAACUUGGUACUUGCAAGGAUAUGACUACAACUUCACCUUUCUAACCAUAAAGGUAUAAGCAAUUCAUUUUUGCUUAGUUAUUAUAAUUUUUAAUAAUGAUGAAACUAAUGAUUAUAAACCAGUGUGCUUUUAAUACAAGGUAAGAGAAUCACUAGACUUCUACAGCUGUUAGUUGGAUGAAAUGUCACUAAAAUUAUAAACAGAAAAUUUUAUGGGAAUUGAGGGAAAAGCAAACGUCCUCUUUGUCAAUAUGGUAUAUAACGGAUAUAUUUUAGUGUUGGACCACCAUUUGAGUUAUUUAUAUGGUGCAUUUUGCGAUACAUUUGUGUGGUGUUAUGAAUGUGAAACACAUUGUUUCUUACUGUUUGAGAUGUUAGUUAAGUUGGGCAAGAAAAGUUGUUUUGGUUGUUUCUUUUCUCCUUUCAGAAGUAUAUAAUUAGACAUUUUAUGUUUUUA